GCGGAUCUAAAGCAGGAAGUAGGAAGUUGCAUUUCGCUUAGGCGGUAGAUUGAAAACAACGCAGCAGACCACUUCUUUGGCAAAAUAAAGCAGGUCGGGAGAAAUCGCAUUGAGGAACUACAGGUCUGGAAAAAACCCUUGUUAUGAAUUCCUGGGACCCCAUUACUUACACAGUGACACCUGCUGCUAAGAUUUUAGCCAGAUGUGUAGCAGCAGGCACCAUGACACAGCAGGAGCUUGAUGCUGUGCCACAGGAUUCAGAAAUCUUCUCCUCAUCUUUACUUGAAGCUGAGCAGCUGAACAGAAUCAGACAAGAUCUUGAUCAGGCUAAUUUAGAUUUAGAGCUGUUGAAUCUGGAAAGAGACUGUGCAGACGUGGCUCACAAUCAUUAUCUCAGUCAAAGGUUUGCUUCCUUGCAACAGUUCACUUCUCACCUUCAGGAGGUGCUGCGAGAACAGACAGUCCUGCGAGAGAGACUCACAAAGCCUCUGUGUCAGCAGAACCUGCCCAUUCAGGCUGAUCUGCACAGGUAUGUGGUAGAGCUCAUGCGGAUGGUGGUGGAGUUCGUUCAGAACUUAGAUGUGAAAAUUGAGAUGGUUCGAGCAAUUCCGACUACUGACCAUCAUUUAACUAAUCUGAGCAAAGCCAGAACUCAACUGCUGGCUCAUGUCACUGAGGUCGAGAACCUGUACAAGCAAGUCCUUAAGCGAAGAGGACAACCACAGACCAAUAUUAAGGACAUGUCUAGCUGAAUAAUAUAUUUAAAAAUAAAAUGAACACAUCGGUUAUUAGGUAUAGUAUCCAUUUACUGAAUCUUGUUUGUGUAUACAUCUAACAUGCUUUCAUAGUUUCUAAAAGAACUGGUUGGGUUUAUAUUUCAUAUACUUCAGCAAUAUGUAAAUAUACAUGUUUACUAUUUUCUUUUGUGUAUCUAUAUUAAAUAAGUGCAAUUAAAUGGUCCAUAUUUUAAGCCAAAA